AUGUUCGCCUCCCAGCUUCUCCUGCAAGCUGCAGCGUUGGGACUCACAGUCCUUCAGGCCCUUGCCUCCAAUACCUUCACUGCAGCUGUCUAUGAGCACGCAGUCAUCCUGCCAGAUGCCACUGACAAGCCUGUUUCUCCUGAAGAGGCUUUGGUCCUGAUGAACAAAAACAUGGAUGUCUUGGAAGAGGCCAUCAAGGCAGCUGCCCAGCAGGGUGCCCACAUCAUUGUGACUCCUGAGGAUGGCAUCUAUGGCUGGCUUUUCAGCAGAGAAACCAUCUACCCCUACCUGGAGGAUAUCCCUGACCCAGCAGUGAACUGGAUUCCCUGCACUGACCCUACAAGAUUUGCUCCUGCUCCAGUGCAGGAACGACUCAGCUGCAUGGCCAGGAGGAACUCCAUCUAUGUGGCUGCAAACAUUGGGGACAAGAAGCUCUGUAACUCCACUGAUCCCAGCUGCCCCAGCGAUGGUCGCUAUCAGUACAACACUGAUGUGGUCUUUGAUCCAGAGGGGAAACUGGUGGCUCGUUACCACAAGUAUAAUCUCUUCAUGGCAGAAAAAAUUCAGUUUAAUAACCCAAAAGAGCCAGAAGCUGUCACCUUUGAGACUCCCUUUGGGAAGUUUGGCAUUUUCACUUGCUUUGACAUCCUUUUCCAUGAGCCUGCUGUGGUCCUGGUGAGCAAGUUGCAGGUGGACACUGUGCUCUUCCCAACAGCUUGGAUGAAUGUCCUGCCAUUUCUGUCUGCAGUUGAGUUUCACUCUGCUUGGGCUAUGGGCAUGGGUGUCAACCUCCUGGCUGCCAAUACACACAACACCAACAUGUCUAUGACAGGGAGUGGUAUUUAUGCACCAGAUGGAGCCAGAGCAUACUCCUACAAUAUGAAAACUGAGGAUGGUCACCUCCUCUUUGCUGAACUAGAUUCACAUCCUUACCUUUCUGCUGCCUCCUCACCUGAUGUCAAGUGGAGCUCGCAUGCUUCGAGUGUUGAAAGACUGCCACUCAAUGACCACAGUUUUAGAGGACACAUCUUUCAUGAUGAGUUCACUUUGACUGAGAUCACUAAGCCCGAGGGACACCUCACUAUUUGCCAGAAAGACCUUUGCUGUCAUUUGAGCUACAAGAUGGCAGGGAAAAGAGAAGAUGAAGUUUAUGUGCUGGGUGCUUUCGAUGGUCUUCAUGUUGUUGAAGGACAAUACUAUUUGCAGAUCUGCACACUCCUCAAGUGCAAGAGCACCGACCUGAACACGUGUGGGCAGCCAGUGGAGACAGCUCAGACCGAGUUUGAGAUGUUCUCCCUCAGUGGCACAUUUGGCACCAACUAUGUCUUUCCAGAAGUCCUGUACAGUGGGGUGCAGCUGGCACCUGGGGAGUUUGAGGUGUUGAGUGAUGGGCGCUUGGUAAGCAAGACAAGACCAACAAAACCAGUCAUCACCGUGACACUGUUUGGACGAUGGUAUGAGAAGGAUCAUCUCAAAACCAACCCCACAGCCACCGUAACAGUACCAUGACUGAAGCUGUACACUGUUAAUCUCAUGUCUAAAUGAGAUGCAGCAUCCUCUACUGUACCAGUCCCAAUUAUCUUUCUUAUUUAGAAUUGCUCAAACUUGUCAGUGUUCUUUGUUUAGUAAUUAUGCAGCCAUAAUAUUUUAUUGCUACCACUUACUGGGAAAUAUCUGCUCUGUGUCAUGGCAUCACUAAUCUUUUAUUAGUGCAAAAUGGUAGUUGUGUUUCUCUCUGUUUUCUGGAGUUUUAUUUUUCUAGCACUCAGAGAAGCUGUGUUGUGAGCCAGAGGGUACAUUCUUACUAAAACAUCAUUCCAUAUUUUGUAAUUGCAGAUAAUUAUGAGACUAGCAAAUAAAGCCAGUGAGAGCUGUUUUAUGGCACCAUUAUGUAAAGAAACCUCAACAAUGCUUUGCCUCAGAUAAGCUACUUACUCAUUUUUUCCUCCUGUUUGCAUUGCUUUGGCUUUAUUGCCCUUAUGCCAUUGGUGCAUGCUGAGUGGCACAUAGCAGCACAGAAUAGUCCAUCAUGGGAGCUAAGGGCUCCAAUGAAGAAGCCAAACCUGAAACAAUUUCUGUUUCUUGGUCAGAACUCACAAUGAAUCAUGGUUUCUUUGAAAUCGCUGUUGAAAGUGACUUUGAAUUGAAACCUCAAAGUAUUCUGCUUGCCAGUUCUGAACAACAGCUUGUUGACACCUGCUGGCUGAUGCUAUUCAGUGCUCCAGCUGUUUCAACCCACUAAGUGGUCACCAAAUGACCUGAUACAAUAUUGCAGCUCCUCCCUCCCACCUUCUUUCUUUCUU